CUGUCUGUACUUUGUGGUCUGUGCGAACUAAACCCAUGCUAGUUGCUGCAGACUUAGUACCUCCGCCGUCCUCAAGUUCGCCUCCCGCAUUCGCCCAAUCCCCUGCCUCGGCCACCGUCCCCCGGAUUCACCCGUGUCGUCCACCAAAUCAAGCUAGAGCUGUAAACAGAGGUCUAUUGCCUAGUUACUCAUAUUAGUAAUCAUAUAAUUUGUAGAUGUCUCAACUGGCAUUGGUCUCUUGUUCUAACUCCGAUUCGAAAAAUCAUACUUUUGAAGAGGAAGUGUCAGAAGGUAGAGAAGGAAGCUCUAUGCCGACCUUAGGCAAACAAGCAUGUGAGAGUGAGAUGACAAGUCCAAAGAAGAGAAAAAGAAAAACAUUGACGUUCAGGUUUGAAGUGUGGAAUGACUUUACAAUCGCAAAAGAUCGUCAGACAUGUAGUUGCGAUCAUUGUGGUAAUGUGUACAAGUGCAACUCAACAAGAAAUGACACAUCAACACUUAAACAACACUUGAGGAGAUGCCCACGCAAGCCUAGAGCAAGUGGUCAACAAACAGAAUUGUCCUUCAAAAUGAAUCAAGGAGGGGAAGGGGAUGUCUUCACAUGGAAGUAUGAUCCAAAGGCAAUACAGCAUGAGUUAACUUGUUUUAUUGCUGAAUGUAAUUUGCCAUUCAAGUUGGUUGAACAUCCACGCUUUAGGAGUUUUUGUGUGGCAUUGAAUCCAAGGUUUCGUGUCCCCUUGAGAUCGACUACUAGAAUGAAGAUCAUUGAUUUUUAUGAGAAUGAAAGAAAAAAAUUACAGAAGUAUUUCCAAAGCAAUGGGUCAAAAGUGUCUUUAACCAGACACGUGGACAACGGAGCGACAUAGUUAUAUGGUAAUCACUGCUCACUUUAUUGAUAGUGAUUGGAAUUUACAUAAAAGAGUUAUCAACUUUAUCUCAAUUACUAGCCACAAAGGUGAGGCUAUGGGUAGAGUUAUUGAGGAUUGUUUGAAAGAAUGGGAGAUCAAGAAAUUAUUCACUAUAACAGUGGAUAAUGCUAGUGCUAAUGAUCAUCUUGUUAAUUACCUGAAGAGGAGAUUUUGUAGUAACAUACUAAGUGAUUAUGUGCAUAUGAGAUGUGUUACACAAAUAAUCAAUCUAGUUGUUACAGAAAGUAUGAAAGAAUCAAUUGCAUCAAUUGAUCGGGUUCGUGCAGCAGUUAAGUUUAUUAGAGCUUCACCUGCUAGAAUACAAAAAUUCAAAGACUGUGUGGAGAUAGAAAGAAUUCAAAGCAAUAGCUUAUUGUGUCUAGAUGUUUGCACUAGGUGGAAUUCAACUUACAUGAUGUUAGAGGCUGCUCAGAAGCUUGAACUUGCAUUUGGGAGAUUCGAGGAAUUAGAGCCACAAAUUACGAGUGAGGUCGCGGUGGAAGGUGGAAUGCCUAAGCAAGAAGAUUGGAAUAACGUGAGAAGAUUAGUGACUUUUCUUCGAUGCUUUUAUGAGCUUAUAUUGAAGGUAUCUGACACUUCUCAUGUUACUUCUAAUAACUUUUUUCAUGAUUUAAGUCUAUUGUACUAUGUGUUACAAGAGAUAAAGUGUGAAGAUGAUCCUCAAAUGAGUUUGAUGGCUGGUAGGAUGAUCGAAAAAUGCGAUAAGUAUUGGGGAGGAAAAUCUAAUAAACUUAACAUAUUGAUCUUUGUUGGUGUUGUGUUUGAUCCGCGAUACAAGUUAAGAUAUUUGAUUCUUGCUAUGAAAGAGAUGUACGAAGAGGAAAUUGCAAUAGAAGUGGCUGAGAUGGUGAAGUCCACCAUAUUGAAGAUAUUUAAUGAAUACAAAAAUGAGUUGUCAAUGCAAAAUCAAAGUAUGGAUCCAACUCAAUGUAAGUCUUCUUCAUUAGCUAUCAGAGAUGAGGAACAAUCAGCUGAAAAUCGAGCAAGAGCUAGGUUCAGAAGGUUGCAUUCUGAAGUUGGAGGUGGAGAAAAUGUAUCUGUGUUGGAUAAAUAUCUAGCAGAAGGAAAUGAAAAUACAAAGGACGGUGAAAAUUUUAAUGUGCUGAUUUGGUGGAAGAUUCAUUCUUAUAGGUUUCCUAUCCUUUCAGCUAUAGCUCGUGACCUCUUGGCGAUUCCAAUUUCGACGGUGGCAUCUAAAUCGGCCUUUAGUACAGGUGGACGAGUUCUAGAUUCAUUUAGGAGCUCACUCACCCCUCAAAUUGUAGAAGCACUUAUUUGUGUGGAAGAUUGGCUUGGAGGUUCACCUAUGCUCUCACAUCCAUGUUACAAGAUUUGGCAGAGCAGAAGGCAUUUGAACGAGAAAUGACUAGGACUGACUAAGGUUGCAUCAAGUGAUAGUUCCAAAACAUCUGAGAAGCGUUGUUGAAAUUUUGUAAAGGCAUGUUCAGUGUAUUGCGUAUUCUGUCUGGACUGGACCACAGUUGUUGAAGGAGCCAGUUACAGUGAGGGCAUGUUCACUAUGAAGCUAUAACAUUGAAAACAAGUUGUCUGAAACUUUUGGAUGCCUAUAAUAACACUUUUUGAGUGUUUGUUUUGUUUAAAAUGAUGUUUGUUUAUGAUCUUGUUGUGGUGGUGCUCUGUAUGUGUGUGGAAUUAUUUUGAGUUAGCUCGACUAUUUUGCUGUGUGUAUGUGUAAGUGAAAAAUAGUUAAUAGGUUCUAAACUGUCUGCAUAUGUUGAACAGCUUAGUUGUAGUGAGACUUGAGAGUCGAGAGAUGCAUAUGUUGAAUUGUUGAUUGUUCAACAGGUUAAGUUACAGGUAUUUGAAAUUGAACAGCUUCAAUCCAACUGCUCCAUUAUUGGAUAAUUUGGAAUUUUGGAUUACAAUAUUAAAAUGGGGAGCUUUAGUCA